AAUGGUGGGAGAAGAAAGACCUCUACACUUUACUUUUGGGGCUUUGCAGUUGCAGAGAUCAUCAUCAGAGUCGCGAAACAGAAAAUGGUGGCUCGCAGCUUUCAGGUUCACCACAAUGACUCCACUUACGGCGUUGAUUAUGACACCGGAGAUGGCCUCGAAGUUUUCAAAAUCCAGAUCUUCUCUCUCACCUCCAUUCCUCCAGACGAGCAAAAGUUAAUUGGAGUCGAUGAAAAUCGUGUCCUUUCGGAUGAUUCCGACCUCGUUGCCAUCUCUGAGAAGCUCCGACUGGUUUCGAUCAAUGAGGAGCAACAAGAAAAAUCAACUGCUGAAAACGAUGAAUUGCUGAAAUCCGAUGAGGAAUUGGCCAGAAUGUUGCAGGCAGAGGAGGAGGCGCUUUUGUUUCAGCAGUACGCUGUCCCUGAAGAUAACGGAAAGUUUGAGGGGAGACUAGGCCCUUAUGUCAGUCAAGUUCUCAUGUAUGAGGACCUGCAACGCCAGGAGGCUGCUCGGAAAACAGUCCCUAUAGAAGAGCUCGAGGAGAAAGCAUUGGUCAGUUUGGCCAAGGAGGGGAAUUCAACUCCAUCAAAAAAUGAACAAGACCAUGCUUUCCUGCUGCAGCUGCUUUUCUGGUUCAAACAAUCUUUCAGGUGGGUUAAUGCUCCUCCCUGUGAUGGUUGCGGCAAAGAAACCGUAUUUCAUGGAAUGGCUGAUGCACUUCCUUCAGAAAUUCGAUAUGGAGCUUCUCGAGUUGAGAUCUAUCGAUGCAAUUUUUGCCCUAUAGGGUCUCGUUUCCCGCGCUACAAUGAUCCAUUAAAGCUUGUGGAAACAAGAAGGGGGCGUUGUGGGGAAUGGGCCAAUUGCUUUACGCUUUAUUGCCGAGCUUUUGGAUAUGAAUCCCGCCUGAUCUUGGAUUUCACAGAUCAUGUUUGGACAGAGUGCUUCUCACAAUCUUUAGGAAGAUGGAUGCAUCUCGAUCCUUGUGAAGGAGUGUAUGACAAACCACUGUUAUAUGAAAGCGGGUGGAACAAGAAAUUAAAUUACGUAAUUGGCAUCGCUAAAGAUGGUGUUUGUGAUGUAACCAAACGAUAUACGAGGAAGUGGCAUGAGGUUAUUUCUCGACGUAACAUCAUUACAGAGCCUGCACUGUCAGCCGUGCUUGCUAAUGUAACAAAAGACUGCAGAAGAGGGUUUACCUCUCAAGUGCUUUCUGUACUUGAAGACCGUGAUGAGAAGGAGAGGCAAGAACUUGAAAGCAGUUUACAUUCUACAGACAAUGCCUCUACCUCAUUACCAGGGAGACGAAGUGGGGACAAGGAAUGGCGGAAGUCAAGAUUAGAAUGUGGUUCUGAUGAGAGUUGCUCCUUGAGUGGUUCUUCUUGUCCAGUUCGUGCAUGUGUUGACAAGCAUGUGACCGAAAUUCACAAUGCAUUUCUUCCGAUUCUUUCCCAGUUUGUUAAGGAAAAAUAUCCCAAGUCAAGGGCGGUUGAAGUACUCGAGACUCUUAAAGGAAUUCUUGUGGAUCUUAAGAAAUCCCCUUUUAAAACAAGGAGGGCCACAAUCGAUUCAGUCAGCCAAUCUCUUGUUCAUCAGUUGCUGCCCUCUUUCACUGAGUUACUUAAUGCUCUUUCGAUGAGUGGUAAGGCAGAUGCUGAUGGGAGGUUUGACAUUUCUUUACCUGGAAAUGCUGUCAAAACCUCUUUGGCACUGCCUGUUGCUUUGGAUGCUUUGGAUGACACAAUCAAUAAUCUUAACAUUUGUGAUUACUUUGUUGAAGAUUCUCUUUGCUUGCCACUUCUGAAGCUAAACAGAAUACAUUCUGGUUCAGUCCUUGCAAGUGGAGAAGAAAUUCCUUUUGGAAUUGCAACGUCAGCAUUUGAUGGGUUACGCACAUCUAAGUGGGAAGAACCAAAUGGCGCACGAGGUUGUUGGAUCAAGUAUAAAGUAUCAGACAACCUGAUGCAUGAACUUGUGGCAUAUGAGAUAAUGUCAGCCAAUGAUGCACCAGAAAGGGAUCCGAUGGAUUGGGUAGUUGAAGGAAGCAAUGAUGGGGAAUCAAGCUGGCAUCUAUUGGAUAAACAAACUUCUCAGAUAUUUGACAGUCGUUUCCAGCGUAAAACAUUUAAGAUCUCAUGUCAGGGUUUCCUAUCAAAUGUUUUCAGGUUCAGAUUUUUGACAGUUCGAGAUGUUCAAUCAACCUCGCGGCUGCAAUUAGGUAGCAUUGACCUCUAUUCUAGAAGCAGCUAAUUCUUACGGAUUGAUUUUGUCCGCGAAAGGGUGUAUGAUAAUGUAUAUCAUCAACUUGGUUCGAGUGCGUUGCUUUAUUGUUGUUGAAAUAAUGAAGCUUUCUUUAUGCCCUCUCUGUUCAGGGUGGUUUAAUUUCUAUGUUACCAAGAUGUUUCAUUAGUUCAAAUGGGAAUAUAAAAAAACAACUAUCUUCGAAGUCUAAUGAAGUUGUCUACUCUUUACAU